UAAUUACGGGGACAAGUGUCUUGGAUACAGUACAAAGCCUAAAAGAUGAGUAAGAAAAGAAGGCGCAGUGAAGUCAGUGAAGCAAGCUCUGGGGAGUUUUCCAGUGUCUCCAAGAGACAGUGUCAGCGAGAGUGGACUGUUCCUAGAGAUCUGAACACAGAGACUGAGCUGUGCACUAAGCUGCUGAACUUCUUGCGUAAGUACAGAGAUGACUCUGAUUCCUGUUUGUCGGACCACUUGCUCAGAGCGCCCAGUCGUAGGUCCCAGCCGGACUACUAUGAUGUCAUAUCAAACCCGAUAGACCUUUUCCGAAUACAGCAAAAAGUGAAGACGAACAACUACAAAACGGUCCAAGAUUUCCUCUCAGAUGUGAAACUCUUGUUCGAUAAUAUAAAUACCUUCUAUUCUCCUUCCUCCGAUGAAUUUAAAGCAGCUGUCAAUUUGAAAUCUGUUUUCCACAACCACUUGGCCGAGUUUGGAUUCUGUCACCGCACUGGUUCAAUCUCCCCCGUCUCUUCACUCACUCUCCGUAUACCAAAGGUCCAGCUGCCAUCGCUACGGUCGCCCAGGCCCCUCACCAGAAGUCAAAGGAUGAGCUCGUCAAGUGAAUCGAGUGUCAGUACUAACAAAUCCACACCCACCACAUCUAAACCACCCCCUGCUAAGUCCUCCUCAGGUGGUAAAGCAUCCGCUAAAGGCACACGAUCUCGGGCCUGGAUUGACGAAUACUUGGGCUCUGAUGACCCAUUCAAAAUCUAUUUGGCUCAAGUGUAUGAUCACCAUGACUCCAGUGGAGACUAUGUGGCCGAGUUGUUCCACUCCCUCCCCUCACGCAAGGAGUACCCAGAGUAUUAUCGGGUCAUCAGUGAGCCCAUCGAUCUCAGCACUAUCAAGAAGAAAAUCGACAGUGGGCGGUACAGUGAGUUCAAGGCUGUGCAAGAGGACAUGAUACUCAUGAUUAAGAAUGCCCACUAUUUCAACGAGCCCGGCUCAGUGCUUCACAAGAAGGCCAGUACGAUGAGGAAGUUCAUCAUCAGCAAGGGGGCAGAGCUAUGGAGGAAGUACCAACUCGGACAGAAUCAAAUCAUGUCAGACGGGGAGGGAGAAGCUAAGAAAGUGCCUAAACUGAGCAUCAGGAAGCCACUGGAGGAGGAGGUGAAGAGGCAGAGGAGACAGAGCCAACUCUCAACCUCAGAGAUGGACAGUCAAAGUGACAGUAGUGAAGAAGACAUUUCUAGCGAUGAAGAAGGUGGAGACAAACAGCAGUUCACACUGCGUAUCAAGACCGAGCAGCUGUCUGGCAAGACGCCCACCCGCCCCCUCACCAAGCUGCUGAAGGCCAAGCGCCCUCCUCCCCUCCAGAGGGUCCUCAUGAUCAUCUAUCGCACUCUCACCACUCAGACAGACACAGGGAGACUCGUUUGUGAGCUCUUCAGAAAAAGACCUUCUAUUAAAAUAUACCCUGAGUACUACAUUGUGAUCAAGCAGCCGAUUGACUUGAAGGAGAUUCAUUAUAAGAUAAAAAGUGGUGCCUACUCGAGCGUGGAGGGGAUGAUGACCGAUGUGGAGCUAUUAGUGAGCAAUGCCUGCACCUUCAACGAGGAGGAAUCUCUCGUUUAUACCGAUGCCCUCAUUCUACGUAGGGCAGCCCAAGAAGCAGUGGAGCAGAUCCAACUCAAGUGGCCGGAAAUGGUUCCGUAUAUCAUCAAGUCCAAGAGUGGGUCUUCCAUUACUAGUGAGGCUGACGCUCCCAGUGAUGUCACACAGCUGUACACUGCAGUCAAACAUCACACAGAUAGUCGUGGUCGAUUGCUGUGGAAGAGUUUUGAGAAGAUGCCCCAUUGUUCUACUCCUAGUGAGGCUGCUAGUAAGAAGCCAGUGGACAUGGACCUCAUUGACAGCAAGGUGACUCAGGGACACUACCCUACUGUGGACAGUCUCCUUGACGACCUGGCCCAGCUGUUUGACAAUGCUUACUGUAGCUACUCAGCUGAGACAACUCAAUCCAAGGACUCAAUAGUGUUGCAUCGUGUGGCUAUGAAGAAGUACCAACAACUCAGAGCUGCUGAACGAGAGGCUAACCCUGUGCCCAAUGUGCAAGACUGCGUCCAGAAAAUCAUCAAAGAGAUUGUCACAAAAAAUUUCUCUUACAAAGAUGCCUCAGGGCACUGCCCAGCCGAGUCACUCUCUUGUCUUGAGGCCAAUGAAGAGUUCCCUAAUCCUGAUCUCCCAGAGUCCAUGGUCCAUCGCAUCCUCACCCUCCCCCGAAUCAGAGAGUGGGUGUGUCAGGGGAAAUACCCUCGUCUGGAUCAGCUACAGAAGGACGUAUUGCUAGUGCUGGCCAAAGGGAGAGCGGAGGUUGGAGGCCCUGCCCACCAGGAUGCCAUUGCCAUGGAGAGACGAUGGAUACAGAUCAGAGACGAGGUGUGCAAGAAAGGCAGUCUACUGUGGAGUCCAGCUCUUUCACACACACUCAGUGAUCUGGAGGCUCAAUUGGCCCUGGAGAAGAGUCACGAGCCAACGUCUCCCCUUGUACCUGACACUGGCGAUGAGGAAGUGGAUGUGGUAAGUGGAGGCAACCAAGAGGAAGAGGAGGAUGAGGGAAUGCUAGUCGAUAAGAAAGAUGCUGAGUACGUGACAGAGUGCGAGUGUGAGGGGGUGGAGUAUCAGAUCGGAGAUGUGGUCUAUGUGAGAGCACGUGCUGGCAGUGGUCGAGAGCCUCACAUAGUUCUGGUGGAGAGCUUGUGGAGGGACAGCACUGGAUCCAUGUGGCUGGAUGGUUGCUGGUUCUGUCGUCCAGUAGAGACCUUUCAUCCUGCCACUAGGAAAUUUUACGAGAAGGAAGUUUUUAAGAGUGACUUCCGUAGUGUAGCCAAACUGACCAGAGUGUUGAGAAAGUGUGGAGUACUCUAUUUGAAGGACUAUACCAAGUACCACAUUGAGGGUGUGCCUGAGGAGGACACCUUCCUGUGUGAGAGUCGCUAUGCUAACAAGGCUAAGAGCUUCAAGAAGAUCAAGAUGUGGUCUAUGCCAGGGAUACAGCCACGCCUCCUACCGCGGGACACACCCCUCUCCCUAGUGAAGGAGGUACCCUCUGUUUUCGCCCCUACUGCUGUGGACGAGGUUAUGGAAGUGGACGUGGAGGGGGAGGCUGGUGAGGGGGUUGAUGACAGUGGGAGUCUCUUGGAGGAAGAGGAGGAGCAACUCAAGUUGUCAUUUUCUGCUCAAUUGAAGAAUAUCACCACGACGACAGUGUCCAACCCAGAGCCAGAUUGCACCUACUACGAGCAGUACUGCAUUGACAACGACCACUUCAGACUAGGUGACUUUGUGUACUUGAGGUCAGACCAGGAGUUGGCUUACAUUGCCAGAAUAGAGAAAAUGUGGACAGACACGAAUGAUGACCCCUGGAUUCGUGGGCCGUGGUUCAUUCGGCCGAGAGAUAUAAGCCACACCCCCACACGAGUGUUCUAUGAGAGGGAGGUGUUCCAGAGCAACAUACAGGACACCAACCCCAUGAGAAGCAUAUGUGGCCGGCUGGCAGUCGUCAUUCCGACCGACUACAGCAAGAAGUGGGCCACUCAAUAUUUGGUGGAUGACGUGCUCAUCGCUGACUCGCGCUACAAUGAAGCGGAGAAAAAAGUCAUCAAACUAAGGGCACUCAAGCACUACCAGUUGUCUGAUUCAGUUGUUCUAGACGAGGUCUACCACUUCCCUAAGGAAAUACUGCCCAUAAAGGCUCCUUCACCAAAGCUCUCUAGCAAGGAGUACCAAUUCGUACCCUCUCCCCCUGAUAGCAAAGAAGCCUCUCGAGGGAGCACCCCCUCCUUGACCACACCCGCUGUACAGAUUGUACAGAAGCAGUCCAACGUCCUCCAGCUCAACCCUCAGUUGGUACAGCAACUGCUAGCAUCAGCCUCCAAGCAGCUGGUGAUGACGACCAAAGGACCGGUCCCCAUGAGCACCAUCCCCACUAGUGUUGCUAACUCCAGCUCAUCACUUCUCUCCCCUCAAACCCCCCUCUCCUCACAACAGGCCAAACAGAGCCCCACAGUGAAGGCCCAGAGUUGUGUGUGUCACUGGACUGACUGUGGCCAGGUGUUUGGCAACCUACUGGACUUGAACACACACCUUCACACUAUUGGAGUGCAUGUCAUUGCUGAUGCCCAUGGCAACUAUUACUGCAAGUGGAAAGGUUGUCAUAGGAAUCCAAUCACUGGUGGGAAGCCCUUCAAUUCCAAUCCCAAGCUGACUAGACAUAUUCGAGAAGUUCACUUGAUGAAAAUAUCCAACUCUUUGCUCGGAUUAACUCCCUUGACUGGAGCGGCUAUUGCUGCCCUCUCCACUCCUGUCCCACCCUCCACCGUCCUCACACCUGUCACACCCCUCACCCCCGUCACACCUCCCACACCCAUCACUAGCUUCACACCUACCACCCCCAUCAUCACACCCUCCACACAAAGCCCUCCCAAGACCGCUCCUACAAUUGGUGAAAUGGUUCAGGCUGCAUCCAAGACUGCUCUACCAACCUCAACCUCGGCUGAGUCCUCUAAGGCUACUAGUAUAUUCCACUCUCCUCCGGAGAACAGACAGCACAUCUCCCACUCAGCAAUCUACUUAAAGUACAUCAGAGGUCUCCAGUCAGACUCCCCCUCCUUGUCCUCCUACCAGCCCACCUCAGAGGUACGGACAACCGCUAAACCACCUGGCCCUAUUCGACCGUCUGAUUGGUUGGGAUCAGACGCCAUUGUCGACGCCAAGGACAAUAAGAGUAUUGCCGAUGCCCUGUGGGCAUUGAGGGACCACCUCCUCAAGGAGAGCUCUAAGCUUGAACGAUUUACCAAAAGUCUAGAUCUCUAACUGUGUUUACCUGCAUGAUAAUAAUUAUGAUGAUUACUUUUUAUUGA